UUUGAGUAAAUUGCUUAAAAAAUAUAAAGAAAUACUCGAGGAAAAUCAAUGCAGAUGGUGAAUGUGGAGCAGGGUAGUGGAAAAUGAUGAAACGCAUGCCCAAAUUGAUCAUUUUUAUUCAAGAUUGUGGGAUAUGGCAAACGGCAGCUAUGCUAAUGACGUAAAGUGCAAGUGCAUCAAAAUUACGCAUUAUUUCUGUAUAAUAUUUUGUGCCAUUUCCAUCUAUUCCCAAUUGAAAUCCAAUUAAGUAUGGAGACUGUUCUGCAAGACUUUGAUAAUAUUAACACAAAGACCUAUGAUUAUACUCUUAAGAAAUGUCAUGAUGCUAGUGAUGCACAAAUGACUUCAAGCACAGUAUCCAGUUUAUCGUCCCCCAUUGAUUCGGGAGUACAAUUACUAGAUAGUGAAAGUGAAGUAACAUCUGUUAUGUCUGUCAGUGGAUUCGGUUGUGAUAUAGAGGGUAUAUAUUCAGAUAGCGACAGACCUCACAAAGACAGAUAUGGAUCUAGUCAUAAUGAAGUGAGUGAAAUGAAAAAUGAGAAAUGCAUAAACUCCAUUGACAAGUUCUCAAAGAAAUGUAGUCCACAGCAAACAACUAUGGAUGAAGUCGAGAAACAUGACGAAGAAAAACCUUUGAAAGAACCUGCCAAAAUAAUGACAAGGAGUGAUAUUGUCAAUCAAAAUAUUGCUGAAGAUCACAAAUUGCUCUCCAAAUCAGUUCCAAGUUAUUUUGAUGACAAAAAGUUUGAAUUCAAAAGUUCAUCUCAUGCUCUUGAUUUAGAUUCUCAGAGAUUCAGCGAUGAUUUUUGCGAAAUGGAACACCCUAUCAAAAACACUGAAGCGGAUUUAAUGAAUGUAUCUCUGACAAGCUACGAACUUUUAGAUUAUACACUCCAGAAUAGAAACUUGGCUGUGGAGAAUUCAGACAUGCACGUUAGUCUCUCUGAAGAGGUGAAUGAAAACCUCAAACUGGCCUUGAAUCAGGCAAUAGCUACUCCAGAUCCAGUUCCUGAGGUGCCUCCUGUUGUGGAAAAUAAAGAUAAAGCUUUCGAAGAACAAAUAGUUUUCCGAAGACAGAGAAAGAAAAAAUCCAAGUCUGAUACACCAAAAAAACGGGUCUCCUUUCACGAAGAUAUACUCAACAGCACAAAAAUUGAUGAUAUUCACAUCAAUCAUGGGUUCAUCACACACGAACCAGAAGUUUCUUUGAGCUUCUUCCAGAGAGGAUUCAUACGAAAACCUGAUGUUGUCAAAGGUAGAUACAGUUGGGCAGCUGAAGGUGAUGCCCCUUAUUACGAAAAAGCUUCAACAAAUCGAGAAAUCAAAUCUGAUAUUUACAUUGCUCAUCCAAGGUAUUCCUCGACAUCGUCAAGUUCAACAGCCAGUAUGUCAAGUUCUAUUGAUGAAGAAGAUUCGGAAGAAGUGUUUGUAAAAAAGGAACCAAGUUUGAAAUCUAAACCAAAAUCAAGUUGCUUGAAAAAAACUAAACACACUAAAAGGUUCAUAGAUACCAAUAUUGUGCAGGAAGAGACCAAUUUGAAAAAGAAAAAGUCUGAAACGAAUCUGUUGGACUCCAACAUUUUUGGCAGCUUGAAGAAUAUUUUGACUUUCUCAACGUCGGUUCCUCUUGCAGAACGCGGAGUACCAGAGGGCCAAGAGGAUCUAUCGAUUUAUUCUUCCUCGCAGGGCAGUUCAAAUAAAAAGUCUUUAGGAAAUUUAAUGCUCAAAAAUUUUGAAACAAUAGAGAUAACACCACCAGCUGUGACCAAAUUAAAUCAAGCUAAAAACAAUUUAAAAUUAACUAAAAGCGAAGGCUUCUAUCCCACUUAUCCAAAUGUCCAACAAAAUCUACCCGGAAAUAUUAUUCUCUGCGACAGCAAUGUUUAUGAACAUAAAGGUAUUAGCUACUCCUAUGAGUACGAUAAAUUCCAAAAGUCUUUCGAAAAACAAAAUGAACCGAAAAGUUCAACAGUUUACCAGAAGAUUCUGAAAGAAUUCAACUUUUUUCGAAAGAGAGCUAGAGAACAGGAAGUCACAGGCGAAGAAGACUUUGAAAUUAUCAACAAGGCAUCCACUCCUAUCAAAAAUGAAGAAAGUGUCGAAGAAGUGGAAGAAUCUCAACCAAAAGAAGUUAAACCAGCCCCAAGCAAUAGUGCUCAGAGCAAAUUCUCCUCCACCAGCAAAUUGGAUUGGUCCGAUAACGAAACUGUUUCUGAUUUUGCAGAGCCGCAAAACCCGAGACAUUUGAGCUCGCCCAAGAGGAAAGUAAACAGAAGCAAUCAUUACUCAGUCAGCAACUCUUUCAAAAUACCGCUUUCAGAAAGAAGUGAAGGGUCGGAUUUGUCAAGAUCAUUGCCUUCUGGGAAGGCAUCAAAUUCCAAAUCCUCAUUGAUUAACAGAUUUUUGAGGAAUGUUACCUUGAAGAAAAUGCUCGAUGUGAAGAUUCAGAAUAAGGAAAGAAAUUCUAGAAGACCGUUGAGUUUGUAUAUUGAAGGGGUGAAACCUGGGGAAGAAUGUAACGAAAUUGACAGGGAAUUGGAGAAAGAAAUCCUUAAUGGGAGAAAGAAACUGGUUAACUUCGCGGAUAGUUUGGAUAAAAAAAUUGUGAUACAGUUUCGAAAGGAAGUAUUUAGGAGCAGACUAGAGAAGCUGUUGAGGAUCUUUCAUGUGAGGAGCGCCUACACAACAAAUGGCGAUACAAAACCCCUUAUCGUUCUCCUGUCAGACAGCACCCUCUAUGUUACCGGUACAAAACCAAAUGGUUCUAUCAUGAAUCAUUUCGUGUUACCUUACACCGAACUUGAUACAAUACUUAUUGGUCCCAAUGCUCAGACCAUCCACUUUUCCAAUUACGACAAAGAGAUGCAGUGUAUCGUCAGUACUGGUUGUAGCGAUAUAACCGGGGAACUUGUCGGACAACUGGAAAUCGCCAUGAGAAGAGACAGUAAUAAGCCCAAACUGCCUGCUGUGAAUCGGCUGAAUAUGAGGGAUAUGGUAAACCUGAGAAGGGCUGUUUGCAAACAAACAUCUGUGAGCAAGGAUGAAGAAUAUUAUUAUUAUAGCAUCGUUAACGUCCAAGAUUUUACAUCAGAGACCGACCCCACUCCACUAGGACCAAACAAAGAAGGUCCUCUCAUGUUCAAAACUUCAGAAUCGGAGUCAUCCCGAUGGGAAACGGCAUAUUUCAUUUUGAAGGCCGGUGUACUGUACAUGUUGUCUGCUCCUUCGCAGAGGGUACCCAUGAGGGUGUUUCCUUUGAUAAAUGGUUCUUGCCACGGUGCCAGGAGAGUCGUGAAUAGUCCAAGACCGCAUACCUUUCAGCUAAUAGUGGAGGGGAAAAGCUUGCUCUUAGCAGCUCCGGAUGAGUAUGUUACCAGCGAAUGGUUGCAAGAAUUGGUGCACGCAGCUAGUGGGACAUACACACACCAUCGCGAGAAAAAUCCCACACAGUCAUGCUCUCUACUCCUGACAAACGAUCACAUCUUGACGGUGCGAGAAGUUUUCCCUCACACCAUCAAUUUUAUGCCGAAUUUGGCGUGUCAGCAUGAACCCGACAAAGGGAUCCAAGCCCUGUCCUGUGCCUCGAUUCUAGAUUUAACAUCAUUCCGCCUACCAUCGGCUGAACAGAGCUGGUGCAUUUUGGAAUUUGCUUGCAGAGAAGUGCAUGAGUACAGCGGGGACUGGAUAUUAUACUUUAGCACUAACACGGAACUCGAGAAGUUUAUAUCGACCCUUGAAUAUCUUUGGCAAUACACUAACGAAAGGGAAGAGUCAUUUCCGUUGAGCACUAUUCCUGAAACGGAUCCCCUGAGCAAGAAAUGCGUGGAUGUUUAUACGUCUUUGAUAAAAACAUGGCCGUCGAACACUGUACUUUUACAGUUUUUGUGAAGAGGAAAAAUCUUUGGGUAAUAUUUUUGUAAUUACGCUUCUCAUUAUUUUUAGCUCUAUAUUUUUAUUGUAGACAAUUUGUAUAUAUUUAUUGUUACAUUUAUUAGUUUUUACUCGUUAAUUUAUCUGGGAGUAGCUUUACAAUGCGGGAUUACCUUUUCAUCUCUAGUCAUUUUUUUUAAUUUGUAAUAUGAAGUAUUGUGAUAAUUAUGGAUAUAAUGAUUAUAGUAAUUGUGGUAUAGUAAGUACCUAACCAAUAACUUUAAUAUACGCUUUAGUAAUCAUAAAUGAGUAUGCACAUGUAGACAUGACACUUUAUUCUUAGGAAACAAUUGAUAUUUUUAGUAUAUAGUUAUCGGAACUAUUUAUCUAUUUAAACUAUUGCUCAGUUUCUUGGUAUGAGACUAAUAUGACAUUUUGUUUGAAUUCAUUCCAUCAACAACAACAAUAUCAGUGAAAUUUUAAGGUGAAGCAGAUAUAAGUACUUUUCAUUAUAGUUUCGAUCGAAAUCUGAGACUUCUACUCUAACGUAGAAAUAUAACAGAAUCAUGAUUUUAUUGUCACAUAAGUCACAUAUCGACGCAUAAAUUCGGGUUUUAUGGUGGAACAGCUUCAAACCCUGCCCAGAAUCAUCAAUUCGUUGAUGUUUUUAGUCGAUUGUGAGCUUAUACGGCACCCACUUUGAACUCACAUAUUCGUGUACGAUAUUUCUUAACACAUUUCUUUGAUAUCGUCAGAUAUCCAAAAUUAAUUUGUGGAUUCUUUAUGUUUUUGUCGGUAACAGCCUCUUUUGGGGCUCCCACUGCGUGCAUCGUCUUCGGUGCUCAUAUCACCUCGUUUAAACUUGGCAAAUUACUUCUCAACGAUUGAUUUUCCUGGUGUACAGAUUUUUUUCGCCAAAAAGCAAUGCUUUGGUACCACACGAAAUUCAUUUUUAUCCAUUUUUUUGAAAAUAAUAAAAGUUGCUUCACUAAAAAUAUUCUAUUCCACAAACUAAUACUCCGACAGCUGUAUUAGUUUGUGGAAUAACUGAAAAUCAUACCGAUUUGAUACUAGUACCGCCAUCUGUGGGUAGCCUAGGAUAUUUUCAGACCUCCUAAUGGUAUAAUUAGUAUUCUUUUCGUUUCUAUCUUUCAUCGGUAUGAUUGUUAAAUUAUUCAAUAAAUCAAAUUUGUUUUUUUUUCUAAUUUCAUAUUUAGUCUUUCUCAACUUAUUUCAUUUCCAUUCUCAUCUCUUUUGGACGACUUAUUCGUCACCCCUACCAUUCAUUCAAAUAUAGUAUAAAUAUAACUUUGCAAAGUAUUUCAAUAAAAAUUUUCCACCCAUUCAUUGGGUCAAACUAGUCUCAUACUGAGAUACCUUCAAUAGCCUGAUGUUAUUUUCUAUAUUCAAUAUAAUCUCUCUAUAUCACUGUACUAUUGAGUAAUGAAACUGAAACGUAUAUACCUACUACUUAAUGUGUACGUAAGUUUUCUCUAUGGGAAAUAUAUACUCACUCAUGUUUUUUAGAAAGUGUAAAAAAAUCACAUGAAUUAUAUGAAGUUUUUAGUAAUAAUUAUGACGUAACGAUUGAAAUGUGAUAUUAAAGAAGUGAAGUCGCUUGUGGGGAACUUAAUUGGCUUGCAAGUUUUCUUCCAAUAUUUUGGAAUAUUAUUUUUUACUACCCUAAGCUUGUACAGAUACUCUACACUUUGAAAAUAGGGAUAUCGUUUCAAGCAUAUAAUUUAGCUUGUUAAUUCAUUUGGAAAUGCCACUAAUACAGCUCUGAAGCUUCUUGUAAUUAUUUAAAAUCUAAAUUCCCUUUUGUAGAUAGUAAUAAACAUCUUUCACUUUGAACAUAUUGCGAGGCCACUAGAUACAUAUAUCUGAAUGAUUUUUUGGCUGAAUUCUAUUUCAAAUUUUUGGCAGUUUACUGCUUAUUACAGAAUCAUGAAAUGUCUAACUUCAAAUUGGAAUGUGUUGUAUUGUCACAAAUAAAUUAUGUUUUCCUAUGUAUCUAAUGGUCUAACAUAACUUUUGAUGCGGGUCAAAUGCGCCGUAAGGGAAGCAAACACCAUAAAAAAAGAAGAAGAAGAAGAACUUUUAAUGAGUUACAGUUUUAUUUUCAAACAGAUUUUCAUAACAUUUCCAUACAAUCAAGAACGGUAAUAAUGUACUAUUGAAUUAAUUGAAGCUUGGUCAGGUUUUGUUUUUGGGGAUUGUUGACUCCCAUCUACCUGAGUUAUAGAAGGAUGUAGAAUAGCAGUACAAACACCUUACUGUUCAAGCAUAUAAUUUAGCUUGAUCAUUCAUUUGGAAAUGUCACUAAUACAGCUUUGAAGCUUUUUGUAAUUAUUUAAAAUCUGAAUUCCCUUUUUGUAGAUAGUAAUAAACAUCUUUCACUUUGAACAUAUUACGAGGCCACUAGAUACAUGUAUCUGAAUGAUUUUUUAGCUGAAUUCUAUUUCAAAUUUUUGGCAGUUUACUGCUUAUUACAGAAUCAUGAAAUGCCUAACUUCAAAUUGGAAUGUGUUGUAUUGUCACAAUAAAUUAUGUCUUCCUAUGUAUCUUAUGGUCUAACAUAACUUUUAAUGCGGGUCUGAUGCGCCGUAAGGAAAGCAAACACCAUAAAAAAAGAAGAAGAACUUUUAAUGAGUCCCAGUAUCAUCUGAGAAAGUAGUUGUUCUCUGGCAGGCAUUUACUAGAAACUACGGUAUAGUUUCUUUGGUGGGGAGAUGAAUGUUUUGAGAUUAUUUCGAAAUAUUUAUUUUCCUAUUGAAAGUAUUAGAAGGGACACAGUUGGGAGCUUUUAUCUAUCUGCGACUGCAAAACCAGUCAUGUAUUGAUUAUUUUUGAUCGGAUGUUUCACAGACACUGAAAAAAAAGUUUAUUUCAAAAUUUGGUUUCAGUUUCUUUGUCAGAUGCAUUUUUCUUGCCGGUCAACAGGCAUAAUUGAAAGAAUAAUAAGUUUUUUCAGAAGGAAAAUAUGAUGAGGUUACUACUUUCUAAUGUUUCAUUUUCCAAAGUGGUGACUCGGAACCCUCUUUAUUUUCAAUUACUUGAAAAUGUAUUCAUUCUGAGCAUUUUUAUGAAAUGAAGUUGCACAUUUUACUAUUUGGGGAUAUACUGUACUCUACUUAUGUUAAUAUGGAAAACACAAAACUCACCUCAAGUCUUUUCAUUCCAAGUCACAGGAGAUAUAUUUGUUAUAGAUGAAUGUUGUAUAACUAUGUUACUGUAAGGGUGCUCUGUUGAAUAUUUGAUUUGCGGUGCUGUUUUUAGGAAUAUGUUGUUAUGUUACGCUUGUUAAAUGGGGUAGUAUUAUUUGUGAUAAAAUUAGGCAGUGAAUUUGAUUGAUAAUUUGUAUUUUGAAAACAUUUGGAGAUUUGAUAUAUGAUACAUGAUAAUUCUAGCGUUAGAAAAUAUUGCUUAUGCUCAUAUAUCGUCUCUCUCAAUGAUCGUGAUUGAUGGGAAUGUGUAUUAAAUUAUAUUUGCUUGCAUAUAACAGAAAUAAACCACUGAAUUUUC